AUGGGUUUAUACAGAUUAUCCGCUUCGCUGGAGGCUCAUGAACAAGAUGUUAGAGCAUUGGUGUCUCCUGAUGAGAAUACCAUUGUUUCUGCAUCUAGGGAUGCCACUAUCAGAGUAUGGAGGAGAGGCGAGGAUGGCGGAUGGAGUCAUACGAUAAACUACCAAUCCACUGGGUUCAUAAACUCGUUGUCGUUUGACCAAUCAGCUGGUCUGAUCGUUUCUGGAGGUGCUGACAAGCUUAUUGUUUUAACGGACCCAGACUUAGUGCUGGGAGAGCCCAAAGGAACUCUAAUCGGCCAUUCGGCCAACGUGUGUUCUCUGGAUUAUGCGUAUGAUCUAAUAAUCAGCGGUUCGUGGGAUAAAACUGCUAUUGUUUGGUCUCAAGGACAGCCCCUUUAUCAUCUCAAAGGACAUGCGGCUUCUGUGUGGGGUGUGAAGAUCCUUUCUCCAACAGAGUUCUUGACGUGUUCCGCAGAUGGCACUGUGAAGAUGUGGGAGGAAGAUAAGUUGAUUUCGACUGUCAAGAGCCACACGGAUGUUGUCAGAGAUCUCCUAUUGUUAAAAGACGGAUAUGCGAGUUGCUCCAACGACGAAACAAUCAGGAUUGUGCGCGGUUCUAAGGAGACAGUCUUGCGAGGCCAUGAGAGUUUUGUCUAUUCCCUGGCUUUGUUGCCCGAUGGAAACAUUGUUAGUUGUGGAGAAGACAGGACAGUUCGCAUUUGGACACCUCAAGGAGUUUGUGUGCAAGUUUUGACUCUGCCAUCAAUUUCAGUCUGGGAUGUGACUGUUCAGAGUAACGGAGAUAUCGUUAGUGGAUCUAGUGAUGGAAUCGUUAGAGUGUUCACGAAUGACCCAGCGAGAUAUGCAUCACCAGAAUUGUUGAGGGAGUUCAACGAAUCAGUAGAGAACUCCACAAUCAGCCAGCAGUCCAUGGAUAAUAUUGAAAAGGAGAAACUGCCAGGCCCCGAGGCACUCCAGCAACCGGGCGACCAGGAGGGAAAAGUGAUCAUGAUCAAAACUGCCUCAGGUGUUGUUGAGGCACAUCAAUGGACAGAGAAUAAAUGGACCAAAAUCGGAGAGGUUGUUGGGUCUUCCAGUAGCGGCAAGAAGCAGGAAUAUUUGGGGAAAAAAUGGGACUAUGUUUUUGACGUUGAUAUCAAGGAUGGUGAACCGCCUUUGAAAUUACCAUACAAUGCUAAUGAGAAUGCCUAUAUUGCAGCUCAAAGGUUUUUGGCAGAUAAUGACCUGCCCAACACAUACACGGAGGAGGUGGUCAGAUUCAUUCUCCAGAACACUGGUGGUGUGAGUCUUUCAGAGGAGCAACCGGUCCCCGUGGCCAACCCUUAUGCUGACAGAGAACCCGUUAAUACAGAAUCUUCCUCAACGCUCCUUCCUCAGAAAGCAUUUGUGACGUUCGAGACGUUUAAGAUAGCAACCUUGGAGAAGGGUCUGGAUAGACUCAACUCUCAACAGGAAGUCAAACUCUCCGAAGAACAAGUUGAAGAAAUCAAAGGGGCCUUGCAAACGAUGAACGUAAAGAUCCUGAUGAGUUAUGCCGAGAAGAUCAUUGGGACUUGGAAUACUUCUGGAAAGUUGUUAGGAUUUGAUCUGUUGAGAGUCUCCAUAGGCAAAUCUGAAGAGUUCCCAGAUAACCUUUUUGAGAUGAUCCGUUUGGGAUUUGAACUGAUCGAUCAGUCUUCUGCAAUCACCAUGAUGACAUACAGAUGUCUCUGUAAUAUCUUCAGCAACAAGUGGUGGGGGGAGGUUGUCACUGGUGAUGAGACCAUUUUGUCCGAGAUCUUUGCACUGGCUAACCUGGAAAAGAUGGUGAACUCUGAGAAGGAUACCCAUUCGGCUGCAGUUGCGACUUUGUUUUUGAACUAUUCUAUUCUGUAUCAAAAGACCAAGUCUGCAGAAUUGUAUCAAGCACUUCUGGAGUUGUUUUCUGAAGUCGGCUCUAAGGUGAAGUCUGAGGAGGCAUUGUAUAGGCUCACGGUUGCAUACGGGACUUUGACUUUCCCAAAGAAGCUGCCAUUGCCUUUGUGGGUGAAGGAACUGAAGAAAUAUGAAAAUCAGCCUAGAUUUGCGGAGCUUUUGAAGGAGCUUGAGUGA